AAGUGAAAAUCAGAAACACCAUAUAUUCUAGUCACAUUUAACAUAGACUAAACACCCUGAGAGAAUAUGGAAGUAAAGAAAAUUCCAGAGGUGAUACUAUGCUCAGGGCAAAAGAUGCCACUGAUAGGCAUGGGAACUGCACCAAAUCCUCUUACACCACAAGAAGCUCUCAUUUCCAUCUUCAUUGAUGGCUUUGAUGUUGGAUACAGACACUUUGACACUGCUUCUCUCUAUGGAAGCGAGGAGCCUCUAGGAAAAGCUGUGGCAAAGGCUUUAGAGCUAGGCCUUAUAAAAGGCCGUGAUGAAGUCUUCAUCACUUCAAAACUUUGGUGCACUGAUGCACAACAUGACCUUGUUCUUCCAGCUCUAAAAACCACACUGCAGUUGAGUAUAACCCUCUUCCCAAGUUUGUUAAUUUCUCUAUUUGUAAUCUUCCUCUGGAUGAUGCUUGUUUUCUAUGUUUCCUUGAAACUGUUUAGGAAGCUGAGGCUGGAGUAUGUAGAUCUCUAUUUGAUUCAUUGGCCACUGAGGCUGAGACCAGGAGUUGAAUUGAUUAAUAUAUCAGAGGAGGAUGUGUUUCCUCUUGACAUGAAAGGAACAUGGGAAGCUAUGGAAGAGUGUUACAGAUUGGGCUUAGCCAAGUCUAUUGGUGUCAGCAACUUUGGCAUCAAAAAGCUCAACCAGCUCUUAGAAAAUGCCACUGUCCUUCCUGCGGUCAAUCAGGUGGAAAUGAACCCAUCAUGGCAGCAGGGGAAACUUAGAGAAUUCUGCAAGCAGGAAGGAAUCCAUGUGAGUGCAUGGUCACCACUAGGAGCAUACAAAACUUCGUGGGGUUCAAAUGCAGUGAUGGAGAACCCAAUCCUUAUGGAAAUAGCUCGUGCAAGACAGAAGAGCGUGGCUCAGGUAGCACUAAGAUGGAUAUACGAGCAAAGGACAAGCCCCAUUGCGAAAAGCUUCAACAAGGAGAGGAUGAAACAAAACCUUGAAAUAUUUGAUUGGGAACUGAGCCAGGAGGAAUUACAGAAAUUGAGCCAGAUUCCACAGCGUAGGACAGUUACUGGAGAACAAUUUGUAUCAGAAAACGGGCCCUUCAAGUCCUUGGAAGAACUGUGGGAUGGAGAACCCUGAAAUCAUUUCUUGUAGCAGCAAAAUGUCAUCCAAAUAUAUGUUUGUGUAUAACUCCAUACCCAUGGAGUGGAUUUAUCAAUGUUGCCAACCCAUUUAAUGGGAUAAGAUUUGGUUAUUAACUUGUUAUGCCUGUUU